CCCCCUUCACCUUAUUCGAACGUUGGACAGGAUUCCUGGGUGGCUACACACGAACUCGAUCGGUCGCAUUUAUUCUGGGUGUUUCUUUGCUCCUUGGUAUUAUCUUUCUUCUUUGAUCUUUUCCUUUCAUGGCUGGUAAUCUUCUUUACUCAUGUUUUAGCUGUAUUCGGGUUCUGGGCACAGCAUAUGGUAUGGUCCCUUUUCUUCUCACAUUUGUAUUGAUUGUUGCUGGGCUGUUUUGUUCAAUGAAUGUUAUUACGUGCGUGCCAUUCUCCUCCGGGGUCAUACAUUUUAACAUGCUUUGGUGCUUCGCAUGCACAUACAUACAUAUUUACGAAAGGAGCACAUUCGUGGCAUGGAUUCUUCUCACGAUGCGUGGUGGGCUAUAUCUAUGGAUAUUUGUGCAGCUGCUUCCUUUUCUAUCGAGGUAGUCCGGCGUAUGUACGGUUUUGCUUUUUCUUUCGUAACUAAAAGCGAAUCCUGGUCGAUCUAUGUUAGUAUAUCUAGAUGACCGAAAUGGAUGAUUAUGAAAAUAGUACUUGUCUGUAG